CGACAUUGAGCCGACCCCAUGUUCAAGUGCGUUUCUUGAGCGAGAAACCAACCGAGUUCCCCGUGUCACAAUGGCAGCUCCGUCCUCGCCAAUCGAGUAUCCGGCCAGCUCGCCGCCCCCCAGCACCAAAAGGCCACGACCAUCCGACGCGCCGAAACCACAAAGACCCCGCGUCAUCGCCAGCUUCCUGGCUGAUGAUGACUCCGAUGAUGACGAUACUACAAAUCAGCCGUCCCCCAAGCGGCGAAUGCUGCACCAAGAGACCCCAGGUACCCCGGUAGUUUUUGGAGCUGGAGCUGAAGGCGUCGAAGAGAGUUUGAUCGAGGCCCGGCCAGCCCCCCAAGACGCCGCCUCCACCCCGCCCGACAGCCUGCUGCACGAGGCUACCCAGCAGGGAGCAGAGCGUUACGAACGUCUCUUCGGCCUUCAAGGGUUGCCGACACUGGCAGCAUUCACAAGCCACGAUCCGCGCCCGACCCCCUAUCACGUCUCGACAUGUUCCGGCGUCACGAUACCCAUCAAGGAACGCAAGCCCGCCGCGGCAGUCUCGUACGCAACCAUGGUCGCAGCACGGUCCAAGACAAGGGAGGGCCGAGCACACAAGAGCUACUACGGUAUCGCCAUCCACGAGCUCAUCGACGGCGCCAAUAAGGAACUGGCAGCAGCACGCAAGAAGGCCGUAACAACACCCAUUGCCCCACCGGCCAACCCUGACAGACCCAUCUGCUCUGUCGAAACACAACAAACCAACCUCAAAAAGUCGUUCAAGCGCACCAUGCUCUGGACCGAGAAAUAUCGCGCACGCAACUUCAUGGACCUCUGCGGCGACGACCUGACCAACCGUCAAGUCCUCCGCUGGUUGAAGAGGUGGGACCCCAUAGUCUUCCCGCACGCAGCCAGCAAAACCAAGUCAGCAAACAGGAGGCACCACGGUCAGCAACAACAGGGACAGCAGCUCGAGGAAGAGAAACCGCACCGCAAGAUUCUCAUGCUGCACGGCCCUCCCGGCCUCGGCAAGACCACUCUCGCUCAUGUCUGCGCGCGGCAGGCGGGCUACGAGAUCUUGGAGAUCAAUGCCAGCGACGAGCGGAGUAAGGAUGUGGUCAAGGGGCGGAUUAGGACAAGCUUGGGCACAGAAAGCGUCAAGACGGUUGAGAACAAGAGGUCAGAACCGGGAAAACAGCAAAAGGUUGCCCGGCCUGUUUGUGUGGUUGUUGAUGAGGUGGAUGGUGUGGUCGGCGGAUCAGGGGGCUCGGGCGAAGGCGGCUUUGUCAAAGCAUUGAUUGACCUCGUGAUGCUGGAUCAGAAGAACAGUGCCGGUGCUGCGGCGGCCGCUGGUGGAGGGCGACGGAAGAAGGGCGAUGAUUUCAGACAGAUGAGGCCUCUGAUCCUGAUCUGUAAUGAUGUCUACCACCCUUCACUGCGACCCCUGCGGCAGUCUGGACUGGCCGAGGUCAUCCAUGUCGGGAAGCCGACCGUGGACGCCGUCGUCGCUCGGCUCAAGACCAUCUUCGAGAAGGAAGGUAUUCCCUGCGAGAAGGAUGCCGUGCGGAAGCUGUGUGAGGCAGCGUGGGGCAUGACAAACGGCCUCGACGCGAAGCGUGGAGCGGAAAGCAAUGUUGAAGGCGAUCUCAGAGGCGUCAUGGUGAUAGGAGAAUGGGUCGCCGGCCGGCUGCGGGCAACUUCCCCGGACGUCACCCCUUGCCUCACCCGGCAGUGGCUCGAUAGAAACAUCAUCCACGACCUUGCCCAUGGCGGCGGAGCCGCCAGAGGUCUCGGACGAGGCGACACCAGAGAGAUUGUCACACGCAUCUUCCAAGAAGGCGCCGGCUUCCCGAAACAGUCCAGCCCAGCCCUUCAACCGAGCAGGACCACUAAGCACGAACAACCCCAAGCCCAACUCGGCUUCGCCGAGCAACAAAAGAAGUACGCCAUGUCCCGCCUGCAGGAAAUGAUUGAUACCUCAGGCGAGGUCGACCGCAUCAUGACAGAGAUUUUCCUAGAGUACCCCCACCGCGAGUUCAACGACGACUCGUUCCUGACCAAACCCGACAUGGCCUACGAAUGGAUGCACUUCCACGACACGUGCUCUUCCCGCCUCUUCUCGAGCCAGGACUGGGAGCUUGCGCCCUACAUCAGCCAGCCGGCCCUUGCUUGCCACCACCUGUUUGCCUCCCCGCGGCGGUACCAGGCCCAGGCCGCAUCCGGUUACGGCGGCGGCAGGUGGGGCGAGGCGGCAGACGACGGCGAAGCCGACGCCGCCCCUCUGCCCUUCUCCGGAACGAGGGCCGACUAUGCCGCGUACGAGGCCGAAAAGGUCAACCGCGCCGCGCUGCAGGCAAUCCACGCUCAGCUGCCGCCGACGCUCUCCCGCGCGUUCCGCAGCCCGGAGGAUAUCGCCACCGACUUCCUGCCCUAUCUCGUCCGGCUCGUCUCGCCGGACGUGAAACCCGUCAUGGUGGGCGGGAGCAAUGACAAGAUGGGCGCCGUCGCGUCGGUGCGCAGGGAAGCGGAAAAGGUCAUGGUGAAGCGCGCGGCGCAGGUGUUGGCCGAGGUGGGAAUCGCCCUGCAUAGAGGCAAGCUCGAGCAAACGGAUGGCGGUGGCGGUCCGGUCGGGAGGACGCAGUGGGUGUACCGAAUGGAGCCUGAUCUCGACGCCCUCGCCACAUUCGAAACAGCCUCGGCAUACAUCCUUGCCUCCCAAGCGCCAACCCGCUACGCCGUGCGUCAGGUCCUAGAUCAGGAACUCCAAAAGACGCUCGCCCAGAAACAAACCGCGUCAAGACUGGCCCGGCUCCGAUCUGGCAGCGGCGCCCCCGCCACGACUACCCGUCCCGACACUCACCACCUCCUUCUUGACGAUGACAAGGAGAACAAUGGCAUUGCCGCCAGGGCCGCUGUCGGCGAAGACAAGCCCCGUGUCAAGAGGGACUUCUUUGGCAGGGUGAUUGUCGAGAGACCGCUCCCAGAGGCGGAUGGCAACGCUGCCGGGGUCAAGAAGAGGAGGAACAAGGAGGAGAGCGGGCAAGGCGCAAAGGUGUGGGUUACGUAUCAUGAGGGACUGAAUAACGCUGUGAGGAAACCCAUCUCGCUUGAGGAGUUCAUGAGGGGGUUCUAAUGCGAGGAUGACCACGGUGCACUCUUUGGGAGUGUUGAUUGCCUGGACUGGAUAGGUGGGGAACGAUGAGUGAUUGGAUUCGGCAACUUGGGAUUAUGUACUGUGUAUGUUGGCCACGAAGCAGAAAUGGUACCUCAUACUAU